CUAACUCCAAAUAUCUAACUUGUGUUUUGAAUUUUAAGGAUGUUUUUCAACGUUAGGGUAAAUUUAUUCUUCUGACCAUGCUACUUAGAAAACUGAACGAUGUUUCAAGUUUAUUUCAUGUACGGAGUAUUAAUAAGCCUCAGUGUUUCACAUUAUGUUGUAACUUUACGAGUGUCAACUGCUGAAGAAGAGGUUGCGUUAGAGGGCAGCAGAGGGGUGUUACGAUGCGUGUAUAAGCACCAGAAUCCAACUGAUACAAUGUUCGUAGUUCUGUGGCAGAAGAUUGAUCAAGUUACUGACAUUCCAACAACUGUGUUCAACUCUCAGUCAAAGAAGGGGGAAUCACCUAGACUGAGACUGGUAGGUGCUGCGUCACUCGAAAUAGAACCUGUCAAUCAAACGGACGAAGGAAGGUAUCGCUGUCAGGUGACGCCAUUGCCAAGUUUUGAGCAAGACGAAUCUGUAACUGAACUAACUGUUAUUUAUCCCCCGGUGUUCAACCAACGUAGAAACACAACGUUAUAUCUAAACGAGGGUGACGUGACGACACUGCCGUGUAAAGCAGACGCCAAGCCAGAUAACAUAACUUAUAUUUGGUACCAUCAACCACCAUAUUCUGAAGAAGUUCCACUAAAUGAUGAGAACGAUAGAAGAAAACUAAGAUUCGUGAAUGGCAAGUCACUUUACAUCAACGGUUUCAUUGAAAGAUUAGAAGGCAGAUAUCGUUGUGUGGCGAGUAACGAAGCUGGUUCAAAUCAAAUAUUCUUUCGCUUACAUCUUAACCACGAAGCAAAAUUUGACGGCGAUCAUUUUCGAGUCUUAGAAACUUUAGAAGGAGAUGACGUCACACUGCAGUUAUCUGCUACAGCGGUUCCUUCGAAUGUGACGUAUAAGUGGUAUUAUGAGGGACAACCGAUCGAUUUGUUCGGGUGGUCGUCUUACUUUGGGUUCCAGGCAAAAGAGACGAUGCCAUAUUUACGGAUUUCAAAAACUGAGAAUGGAACUAAACUUGAGAUAAAAGAAGUGAAACGUCUUGUUGCUGGUUCUUACACUUGUUCUGCAUACAAUGGGAUUGGGAACGAAGAUGUCGUCAACAUUACUUUGGAUGUUCGGUACCCGGCAAAAAUAUCACGUCAUCCGUACACUGCUGCAGCUAACUACUCAACUACGUCAUCAAGUUACGUCAUCGAUACUGUGGUGGGAGAAACCCUUGUUCUUCAUUGCUUUGGGACGGGAAACCCCCUGCCUUGGUACGAGUGGAAAACCCCCUCAUUUAAAACUUUAUCCUCUUUGAGCAAAAGCAACGACGACAAAUAUAUGGUUUACGGGAACGGCAGUAUCGUGGUACAACCAGUAGAGCAAAGUGAUGCGGGUACAUUUACCUGCACAGUUUCAAAUGGAAUUGGACCUCCACAGAAAAGCCAAGUUGAUGUACGAGUUUUAUACCCUCCACAUUUUACGCGCAUGAUGCUAUCUGCUUAUGACGUCAUUAUUGGCACUGACGUCACACUACCAUGUGUUGCUGAUUCUCUGCCUUCGCCCACUUAUUCAUGGUUUAAAGACUCCGUCAAAUUCACUGCACACGUCACAAACACAACAUCAAACGUCACAAAUGACGUCACAAGCCUUCACUUGAUAAAUAUGACGUCAACAGACAGUGGUUCAUACAGAUGCCACGUCACCAACUAUCUUGGAAUGAUUUUUAAAGAAACCAAAGUUCGAGUACAUUUUCCGUCCAACAUUAUUACGUCAUCAUCAAGUCUUCGUGCUGUUAUUGGCGAUGACGUCAACAUAACGUGUGCAACUUCGGGUUAUCCGGUUCCAGAACUUGAAUGGUCACACUCGCAUGCGUCAUUAAUGACGUCAUCAGGUAUUGGGAUAUCCAGCAUGAUACGAAACGGAACAAGAGGUCGCACAUACGUCAUUAAAUCGAAACGAACAGAAACGUCGCUAGAGAGCAUGUUAAUGAUAUCUCGUGUUGGGAUCAGAGAUUUUGGGACCUACUACUGUUCUUCUUCUAAUACUUUGGGAAGAGAUAAAAUUUAUUUUGAUUUGAUUAGAAUAGAUGUCCCACCCCCACCCGCCAACCUCAAAUUGGAAAGUCUUAAUAGAAAUAGCAUAGCUAUAAGUUGGUCUGUGACGUCAGACUUCUUGGAUGGCGAGUCACUCUUCUGCGAAAUAUGGCUUCAUUCUCCCAUGAGUCUGUUACUCGUGACGUCAUGUGAGCUGACGUCAUGUUACAUUACGCCAUUAAACGAAAGCACCACCUACUCGCUGUAUGUGUUUGGACGAAACAAAGCAGGGCAAGGAGAGAAAUCGGAAGAGAUUAUUAUCACAACGUUUGGUUCCGUCAAAGCGACGCUAAUUCCCCUAUUAUUAAACACAACCACCCAAACCAAUCAACUGCCAUCCAACACACCACAUGCUCCAGCACCAACUAAAACAACGUUCGUUCCUACCACGACUGUCCCUACCUCUCUAGUCAAUGACGUGGGGAUUCGUGACGUCAUUUAUGACGUCAUCAGGGGUUGCGUUCGUUGGCGGCUGACCGAAGAUUUGGAAGAACGUUUGUUGUCCUGGAACUCAAGCAGUGUUCCCAGAUGCGUGAAGGUUGAAGCAAGAAUGAAUAAAGGAAACCUUUGGCGACCGCUCACUUGGUGUGCUGCAGUUUGGACAGAGAUAUGUAAAGUGACAUUAUCAUCACAACAUACUUGGGAUUUGAGGGUUAGGCUGUGUUGGGGAGUCAACACAGGAUGCGGAACAGCAAUCUCGGCUGUUACAUCACUCCCUACUAACUUCCCAGGUACAACAACAGCUACGAUCCAAAGUAGAGGUACAAGUUGGAUAGGAGCUGUGAUCGCAUCCACCGUUGCAGUGUGUCUCGUUGUUCUAGUAUAUUCAUUCUCAUUUGCCCAUUUCUCAAGCAGAAGACGAAUGAUGGACGAUGACGUAUGCCUGAAUUUUCAUCGGCGUCGACAAAUACUUCGAAAUAUCACAGAAGACGUUUGUAGAAGAUCUAACAGUGCACUGACUGUCAGACCGGAUCUACCAACAGAGUCCCGGAGGUUUCGAACAUACCCUGGUAAAUCGAACAGAUUGACAGUUCCUCGGUGACGUCAUAAGCAAUGACGUCAUUGUCUCAACGUCGUACGUAAUGACGUUACAAAAUACAUAACAUAGCUAGAACGUAUGAUACGAUGCAAGUUGAAAAUUACUGUGUUUUUAAAUCAAUUGUGUCGUGCAAUGCUUUGCUACCAAAUUUGAAUUAUUUUGGAUGUUUUCUACUUGUUUUAUCACCUUGUGCUAUUCUUACUUCUUCAUUCUAUAUUUGAUGACAACUGUAUCCAUGUUAUGAGCCAUUGAAAGUAAAUACGUUCAUUAUCCUUAUUUGCUAACCGUAUGCUAUACACAGGUACAAUGAAACCAAUAAAUCUAUUCUCUCAGCAAA